AUGAGUUAUAGUGUGUCUAGUAAAAGAUCAUUACCUAUGUGGAGUUUCUAUAAUGGUGGAAUUUGUAGAAAUUCACCAAACUCCUUGAGAACUCUAGAUUUGUCACUUUCUAGUGACAAUGGUUACUCCUCAGGUGAAAAACCGCAGGAUGCAGAUUAUGUUCUACCCUUACCAUAUCUCAGUGAUGAGAUAGAGACAAUGAUAUUGUCAAGGUUUCCGAUAUCGAAAUACUGGAAAAUGUGUUGCUUAAACAAGAAGUAUUUGAAUGUAAUGAAGAGUGGUGAAGUUUAUAAGAUAAGGAGUAUGAUAGGGUUGAAAGAACCCGUAGUUUUUAUGUUGGCAAGUGGUGAGAGGAAUUGGUGUGUGUUUGAUGCUGAGUUCAAGUCAUGCAAGAAAUUGCCAAUUAUUCCAUCUGAUUACAAAUUUCAAUGUGUUGUUAAAGAGACCUUUUCUGCUGGCACACAUUUGUUUGUUUCAGGUGUGGAGAUUGAUGGAGCGGUUAUAUGGAGAUAUGAACUAACAACAAAUGAAUGGUUCAAAGGUCCAUCAAUGAUAACACCAAGGUGUGUCUUUGCAUCAGCUUCAUCUAACACUUUUGCUUAUAUUGCUGGUGGACUUAAAACAAAAAACUGCAUUAUUGAAGUCUUAAACUCAGCUGAAAAAUACAAUUCAGAAAACCAAACAUGGCAAAAACUCCCAAACAUGAACCAAAAGAGAAAAUGUUGUUCGGGUUGUUACUUGGACAACAAGUUUUAUGUAAUUGGAGGACAAGAUGAAAAAGAGAAUCUAACAUGCGGUGAAUUCUUUGACGAAAAGACCAACAAAUGGAACUUGAUUCCAAACAUGUUGAAAGAUAUAGUUCUUUCGAGUUCAGGAUCACCGCCUCUUAUAGCCGUUGUUAACAAUGAAUUGUACGCGCGUGAUGCUUCAUCGAACGAGGUUAAGGUUUAUGUGAAAGGUAAGAAUUUGUGGAAGAAAUUAGGGUUUGUUCCUGUGAGAGCUGAUAUACCUGGUUGGGGGAUAGCAUUCAAAUCUUUGGGAAAUGAAUUGCUUGUUAUUGGUGCUAGUUCUAAUGCUUGUUCACAUACAACUAUGAAGAUUUUUACUUGUGUGCCUCAUCAUGAUUCUGAGGUUUUAGAAUGGAAGGAAGUUGUGUGUGGUAGUGGAAAUCUUAAUCCUUUUAUUCAUAAUUGUGCUAUUAUGUUAGCUUGA